CUAACCAGGAUUGGCCUUUAGUCAGAGGUUCAGACUGAUAUUUAUUUUACUAAAUCCACACCCCACACCUAGCAUGGGUACAAGAGGCCUUCUGGGCGGCCUCGUCCUGACUGCUGCUCUGCUCAGCUUAUCAAAUGCUGGGCUUGUGAAGAAAAUCUUACGGCAUCGGCGACAGACUCUGGUGUCCCCUAAAGAACACAACGUCACCCUUCCCAGUGCAGACCACCCUGUGGUUUUCAACCACGUCUACAACGUCAAUGUUCCCAGCAGCUCCCUGUGCUCAGUCAACCUGGACGCCCCGGAGAGCACGCAGCUCCUUCCCAAAGACGCACCCGUCUCUUCGGGGCAUCAAGUCACCGACCACACCAUCGAUGGGGAGAACCAGAUCGUCUUCACCCACCGCAUCAACAUACCUCGGCAGGCGUGCGGCUGCAGUGACGAGCUACCCGGCCUGAAAGACCUCCUAAGCCGGUUGGAGAUGCUUGAGGGAGAGGUUUCGGCUUUGAGGGAUCAGUGCAACGGUGACGGGACCUGCUGCAGUGCACAGGUCACAGGUGAGGUGGGAACAAAACCUUACUGCAACGGUCAUGGAAACUUCAGUGCUGAAACCUGUGGCUGUGUAUGUGAGCCUGGCUGGAAAGGACCCAACUGCACUGAGCCAGAGUGUCCCGGUAACUGCCAGGACCGGGGCCGCUGCGUGGACGGAAAGUGUGAGUGCUUCAAAGGCUUCUCUGGAGAGGACUGCACACUCGAGGUCUGCCCUGUGGACUGUGGAGAUCAUGGCCAGUGUGUGGGCGGCGUAUGCGUCUGCUCGGAUGGUUUCUUUGGCGAAGACUGCUCUCAGACCAAGUGCCUCAACAACUGCCUGGGCCGCGGCCACUGUGACGACGGAGACUGUGUGUGUGAUGAACCCUGGACUGGCUUCGACUGCUCCGAGCUCAUCUGCCCCAAAGACUGCUACGACCGCGGGCGCUGCGAGAACGGCACCUGCUUCUGUGAUGAGGGAUUCACCGGGGAGGACUGCGGAGAACGCACCUGUCCCAACAACUGCCAAGGUAAUGGUUUCUGUGUUGACGGCCAAUGUGUCUGCACUGCCGGCUACAGCGGAGAGGACUGCUCUCAGCUCACCUGCCUCAACGACUGUAACGGCAGAGGUACCUGCUUCAAUGGGAUGUGUAUCUGCGACGCGGGCUACCAGGGUGAAGACUGCAGCCAGUUAGCAUGUCUGAACAACUGCAACAACAGAGGCCAGUGCAUAAAUGGACAGUGUGCGUGCGAUGUCGGUUUCCAGGGAGACGACUGCUCUGAGCUUUCCUGUCCCAGUAACUGCCUGCACAGAGGCCGCUGUGUCAAUGGCCAGUGUGUGUGCGAGGAAGGAUUCGCUGGGGAGGACUGCAGCAUCAGGACCUGCCCCUCUAACUGCUACGGCCGUGGGGAGUGUAUCGAUGGACGUUGCGUGUGUCACACAGGCUUCACCAGCGAGGACUGCGGCGAACUGAGCUGCCCUAACAACUGCAGGGACCGCGGGCGCUGUGUCGACGGACAGUGUGUUUGUGACGAAGGCUUCACCGGGGAAGACUGCAGUCAGAAAGCUUGUCCCAACGACUGCCUGGCCAGAGGUUACUGUGAGGACGGCAAGUGCAUCUGUCAGGAAGGCUACUCAGGAGACGACUGCUCUGUGCUCGCCUGUCCGGACAACUGCAACAACAGGGGGCGCUGCAUCAGUGGAAGGUGCACAUGUGAGAGUGGGUAUGAGGGAGAGAGCUGUGCAGAGCUGAGCUGCCUCAACAACUGCCAGGACAAAGGCCGCUGCGUGAAUGGUCAGUGCGUGUGUGAUGAGGGGUACAUCGGAGAGGACUGCUCAGAAGUGUCUCCUCCAAAGGACCUCACUGUCAGCGAGGUCACCUCGGACACAGUGGACCUGUCCUGGAACAACGAGAUGUUGGUGACAGAAUACCUUGUGACGUAUGUGCCCACCAGUCCCGGUGGUCUUCUCCAGGAGUUCACCGUGACUGGAGACAAAACCUCUGCCACCGUCAAAGAGCUCGAACCUGGCAUCGAGUAUUUGAUUCGCGUCCAUGCUGUUCUCAGCAACAAGAGGAGCGUCCCUGUCAGUGUGAGGGUGGCCACAGAUCUUCCACGGCCAGAGGGUUUAAAGUUCAAAUCAGUGAGAGAGACCUCAGUGGAGGUAACGUGGGACCAGCUGGACAUCCCCUUUGAUGGCUGGGAGAUCUAUUUCCGCAACACGAAAGAAGAAAAUGGAAAAGUCGUGAGCACACUUCCACCCUCGCAAAACCAGUUUCUCCAGCCAGGCCUUGGACCAGGACAGGAGUAUGAAGUCUCCAUCAACAUCAUCAAGAACAACACCAGAGGACCCCAGACAUCCAAAACAGUCACUACCAAGAUUGACGGUCCCCGGCAGGUGGAGGUGAAGGAUGUGACGGACUCCUCGGCACUGGUGAGCUGGUCUCAGCCAGUGGCUCCUGUGGACAGAGUCACCAUGUUUUACGGGCCCACCUCCGACCCCUCUGAUGAAAACAGUGCGGAGAUUUCCCCCCCAGACAAGCAGUACAGCAUCGACAGUCUGAGGCCAGACACCGAGUACACGGUGUCGCUCAUCUCCAGGCGCGGAGACAUCACCAGUGACCCUGUCACCACCACUUUCAGUACAGCCCUGGAUGCCCCCAAGAACCUGCAGACUGUGUCCCAGACAGACAACAGCAUCACUGUGGAGUGGACUAACAGUCAGGCCGAUGUUGGCAGCUAUCGAGUGAAGUACAGCCCCAUCUCUGGAGCGAGUCAUGGCGAGGAAGUGUUCCCGCGAGGACCAGGAGACACCACAAAAGCUACUAUCACUGGGCUAAAGCCAGGGACGGAGUAUGGGGUCGGAGUGACGGCCGUGAAGAAUGAGAGGGAGAGUCUCCCAGCUACUACAAAUGCAGCAACUGACAUCGAUCCUCCCAGAGAUUUUGAGGAAGCCGAGUCCACAGAGACUUCCCUCACUCUGAGGUGGCAGAAACCUCGGGCCAAGGUCAGCGGCUACAGGCUGGUGUACGUCUCCAGGGACGGCCAGGUCGAGGAGGUGGAGAUCCCGGCCACGGCGACGAGCUACGUCGUGUCCAACCUGACUCCUGGAAUGAGUUACACUCACACUUUGACUGCAGAGAGGGGACACAAGAGCAGCACACCUGUCACCCUAACUGCAUCCACAGCCACUUUCACAUUUUAUUUAGCUGACUCAGACGACCGUGAGCUAACGACUCCCACAGGCUCGGAGGACAAUGUCAUUAGCUUUGCGUAUUUAGACCCCUCUGAGUCCCAGUUCUCUGGGAUGGCGCCUGAGGACGAGCCUGGAACGCUGACCGUUUCAGGCAUCACGUCUGAUGGAUUUGACAUCUCGUGGAGACUAAAGGCUCACAGCGUUUAUGAUAACUUUGCAGUAGAGUAUAAAGACACUCAGCGAUUAUGGGCUGUGAGAGAGGUCCGACUUCCUGGAGAUGCCACUGGCUCUAGAAUCGAAGGCCUGAAUGCAUCAACAGAGUAUCAAAUAAAACUUUAUGGGAACACAAGUAGCCAGAGAUCUGCGCUCCUUGCCACUGUUGCAGUCACAGCACCCAAGCCUACCUCUCCAGAUGUUCUUACGCUGAGCAUCAAAGAUGCCCCAACAAGCCCACACUCUGCCGCUCUGGAUAACGAAACAGUUCAAACCCUCCGUCCUCCUGAGAGCUCAAACCUGGAUGCACUGAGGAGCCUCAGAGUCACAAACGUUUCCUCCACUAGAGUAAGCUUGGCUUGGUCGGCGCCUGACGAGGCGUUCGAUAGCUUUGUGGUGGAGGUCAGUUCUCCAUCAGGGGUGACACAAGCUCGUGUGACCGCAUUACCAGGAAGUGUGAGGAAGGCUGAAAUAGAGGGUUUGUCGCCCUCUACAGACUAUGAUAUUACAUUACAAGGGCUGGUGGAAGGGAAGCGAUCUUUGCCUCUCAAAGUUUUUGCCACUACAGAGGAGCUGAAGCCCAUGGUGGUGAACCUCACCAUCUCUGACUUUACAUGGGACGGCUUCACUGCGUCCUGGAGCCCCACGGGGGGGGAAUUUGACAGCUUUGUCAUUGAGGUAACAAACUUGGAGAAUUUCGCAGAGAGCCAGAACCUGACACUGUCCGGAGACGCUUUCAGCCUGGGCAUCUCCGGGCUCAAUCCCAACACCAGCUACAUGGUUGGCCUGUAUGGGCUGUAUCAGGGCUCCUUCGUUGAACCCGUGUACAGUGAAGCCACCACAGUGAAUCAGCCAUUGGUUGGCAAACUAUAUAUCUCAAACUUAACGUCAGAGAGCUUUUCAAUCCUCUGGAACGCCACUGAAGGAGAGUUUGAUGGUUUUAUCCUGGAGAUUAUUGAUUCUGAUUGGCUGAUGGAGCCAAAGGAAUAUAACAUAUCCCGCAAUGUUAAAUCCCACGACAUCACAGGGCUCAGGCCCAGCACUGAUUACAUAGCCUACCUCUAUGGGACGUACAAGGGAUCCCGAACGAGAGCUGUCAGUAUUGUUGCAUCAACAGCUGAAGAGCCUGAUUUAUCCAGGCUAGUUGUUUCUAACAUUACCUCAGACAGAUUCUCUCUGUCAUGGCGGACAGGAGAGAAGGCUUUUGAUAACUUUAUAGUAGAAGUCAGAGAGUCUGCUUUGCCCUCGCAGGCAAUGGGGCGCGCUCUGCCAGGAGACGUGCGCUCCACAGUCAUGGCCGGGCUCAAAGCGAGCACAAGCUACAACAUAAAGCUGUACGCCAGCGCUGGUGGCCAGAACACGCAGCCUCUAUUCGCUGUAGCUUCAACAGAGGAUGUCCCACAGUUGGGGCCCAUAGCUGCCUCGUCUGUGAGCCCGCAUAACCUCAGCGUGUACUGGAGCACUGUGUCGGGCCAUUUUGAUGGCUUUGUUAUCCGGGUCAGUGACUCCGAGCAGCAGUCUGAUCCGCUGGAGUUCAGACUGCCCGGUGAAGCCCGUAACAUUACGAUCUCUAACCUGAUGGAUGCCACAGGCUAUGACAUUGAACUGUAUGGUAUUUCUCAUGGGCGCCACACUCCCUCUGUGUUAGCCCACGCCGUCACAGCGUCUUUGCCUAAAGUGGAAAACUUGACCAUUUCCAACAUAACCCCUUACGGCUUCCGUGUGUCGUGGGAGGUGAAUGUUGGCUUCAGCCAUUUUCAAAUAGUGGUGACAGACUCUGGCUGGCUACUGGAGCCUCAGGAGUUCACUGUGCCAGGAAACCAAAGUCACCUGGACAUCUGGGGCCUCAUCACCGGCAUAGGAUAUGAGGUCAGACUGACGGGGGUGUCAGAGUCAGGGCUUCUCUCUCGGCCUCUGACUACAGUGGCUGUGACAGAGGCUGAGCCGGAGGUGGAGCAUCUCUUUGUCUCGGACAUCACGGCCGACGGUUUCCGUCUGUCGUGGACGGCUGAUGAAGACCUGUUUGACAGAUUUGUGAUUAAACUAAGAGACAGCAAAAGAUUAGCCCAUCCUCAAGAGUACAGCGUCCGCGGUGACGAGCGGACCAAGGUUUUAACUGGACUCAUGAGUGGCACUGAGUAUGAAAUCGAGCUUUAUGGUGUCUCAUUGGACCAACGUUCCCAACCUAUUACUGGGGUUGCUCAGACAGGCCUGAGCAAUCCCAGAGGAGUUCACUUCUCCGAAGUGACCGACUCUUCGGCCCUCGUUCACUGGUCCACGCCUCUCUCUCCGGUGGAUACCUACCGCAUCACCUAUGUGCCCUUUGAAGGAGGAAGCCCUAUGUUAGUGACUGUGGAUGGCGCUGUGUUCGAGGCUUUGCUGCCCAAUAUGAUCCCCGGCAAGUUCUACCAAGUGACGGUCAGUGCUGUGAAGGGUCUGGAGGAAAGUGACCCCACCACUGUCACUGUCACCACAGCUUUGGACAGACCUCAGGGUCUGACUGCAGUUAAUGUCACCGAUACUUCAGCCCUGCUGCUGUGGCAGCCGUCUGUGGCCACUGUCGACGGCUACGUCAUCACCUACUCUGCUGAUUCAGUGUCCCCAGUGGUGGAGCAUGUUUCUGGCAACACCGUGGAGUUUGAGAUGGGCUCCCUGGUUCCAGGAACACACUACACAGUUGGAGUUCAUGCCAUGAAAGAAGCUGAGAAGAGUGACUCUGCUGUUACUGAAUUCACCACUGAUGUGGACCCUCCUCGGGAUCUGGCAGCUAUUAACAUCCAAACUGACGGUGCUUCUCUCACAUGGAAACCUCCGCAGGCGGCUGUCACCGGUUACACACUCACCUUCUCUUCGCCUGAUGGUACAAUCAGGGAAGUGGUGCUGAGCCCGACAGCCUCCUCUUACAGCAUGGCUCAGCUAACUGGCUCUACAGAGUACACCGUCAGACUGCAGGCCAUGGCUGGAGCCCAGAGGAGUCGGCAUGUAUCCACUGUCUUCACUACCAUCGGACAGUUGUACAGACUCCCCAAGGACUGUGCUCAGCUUUUACUGAACGGAGAGACCACCUCUGGCGUGUUCACCAUCUAUGUGGGAGGAGAGGAGAGCCAGCCCCUCCGGGUUUACUGUGACAUGACCACAGAUGGCGGAGGAUGGAUGGUUUUCCUCCGACGCCAGAAUGGAAAGCUGGAAUUCUUCAGGAACUGGAAGAACUACACUGCUGGCUUCGGUAGCAUGAAUGAUGAGUUCUGGCUGGGUCUCUCCAACCUCCAUAAAAUCACAUCCUCUGGCCAUUACGAGCUGCGAGUGGACAUGAGGGACAAGGGGGAGUUGGCCUACGCUCAGUAUGACAAGUUCACGAUCGCAGAGCCAAGAACACGCUACAAAGUCUACAUAGGAGCAUAUAGUGGAACAGCAGGUGACUCCAUGACGUACCACCAGGGUCGACCAUUCUCCACCUAUGACAAUGAUAAUGAUGUCGCUGUCACCAACUGCGCCUUGUCUUACAAAGGUGCUUUCUGGUAUAAAAAUUGUCAUCGUGUCAACCUCAUGGGGAAAUACGGUGAUGACAGUCACAGUAAGGGGAUCAACUGGUUCCACUGGAAGGGCCACGAACACUCAAUUGAGUUUGCAGAGAUGAAGAUUAGACCAGCCAACUUCAGAAACUUUGAGAGCAGGAAAAAACGAUCAUAGACUCGUCUUCCCCUUCCCUCGCCAGCAGAAUGAACUUCUGUGUUCUUUCAUCUUUAAGUAUUCUCUAAAUUACUCACAAACCAAGGCAAUCACACUGAAUGUAAUUAAUUCUGACUUUGAGAAAUGAAACUGGUAAAAAAGAAAAAAAAAAAGUCCCAAUUUGGCACCGUUUUAUGUGUGAUUAUAUUUCUGUGUGGGUUCCAGGAGAGUUUGUGUGUGAAUGGACAUACAGUACAUGUGUUAUUGGGACAUCAACAGCUGUAUUCAUGUGAGAAUUAAUUGUAAAAUUGUGUAAAUGGAUCCACUGAAUCAGUAACAUGUCAAAGGCACAUAGUCAGAAGGUGUCAGGCCACAUCCUUCACAUCCCCUGAAGUAACGGGAAGUUAAUUCAGCGGCAUUGAAUUAGUUCAAUUUAAACAGAGUUAUGGACAAAAAUCAUGAUGACACUUUAUUUUACAGGUCCUUGAAUUCUGAUUUAUUUUUCAAAUAAUCUCCUAAGAAGUUUCCUGGAAAGAAUUUUGUAGUAAUUACAGGUAAAACAAAAAUGUGAAAUGUGCCUGCAAACAAACAUUGAAUUCAGCAUAAAUUAAAAAUAAAGUUUUAAUAAUAUUUGAGUGAGGAAUAAAUAUUCACUGGGGUUUAAAUGGAGCAAAUUUCUUAAUGGGAAUUUAUCUGAAAGUCAAUAAAUAAAAUGAAAUCAACUAAUUGAACCAACUAAAUGAACAGUCUCAGAACUUUAUAAUAACGGACCUGUAAAAUAACGCCUUACCAAAUAAAUGAAACGAUGCGUCUUAGUCGACAUAAUGAACUCCAUGAAAUGUUGCCAUAUAUUACCUGUACAACUGAGACCAACCACAUUUGCAGGCCGUUAAACACCAUUGAAUUCAUAUUUAAAUUUUGAUUUUCAGUAUUUCGAUAUUUUGAUUUAAAACAAAUCUGAUGCUCUG